CGGGUGUCUGCGCCUGCGCGGGGCGCCGGGGGGACGGGGUCGGCCUCAGAAAUGGCGGCCUCCGCGUUGUACAGUCGGCUGCUAGUCGCGGCCACCCUUCGGAGCCACCGGCCCCGGACUGCGCUGCGGGCCGCCGCCCAGGUUCUGGGAAGUUCUGGAUUGUUUAAUAACCAUGGACUCCAAGUACAGCAGCAACAGCAAAGAAAUCUCUCACUGCAUGAAUACAUGAGUAUGGACUUGUUGCAAGAAGCUGGCGUCUCUAUUCCCAAAGGAUACGUGGCAAGGUCACCAGAUGAAGCUUAUGCAAUUGCCAAAAAAUUAGGUUCAAAAGAUGUUGUGAUAAAGGCACAGGUUUUAGCUGGUGGUAGAGGAAAAGGGACAUUUGAAAGUGGCCUCAAAGGAGGAGUGAAGAUAGUUUUCUCUCCAGAAGAAGCAAAAGCUGUUUCCUCACAAAUGAUUGGGAAAAAGUUGUUUACCAAGCAAACGGGAGAAAAGGGCAGAAUAUGCAAUCAAGUAUUGGUCUGUGAGCGAAAAUAUCCCAGGAGAGAAUACUACUUUGCAAUAACAAUGGAAAGGUCAUUUCAAGGUCCUGUGUUAAUAGGAAGUUCACAAGGUGGUGUCAACAUUGAAGAUGUUGCUGCUGAGACUCCCGAUGCAAUAGUCAAAGAACCUAUUGAUAUUGUAGAAGGCAUCAAAAAGGAACAAGCUGUCCGGCUUGCACAGAAGAUGGGGUUUCCACCUAAUAUUGUGGAUUCUGCAGCAGAAAACAUGGUCAAGCUUUAUGACUUGUUUUUGAAAUAUGAUGCAACUAUGGUAGAAAUAAAUCCAAUGGUAGAAGAUUCAGAUGGAGCUGUGCUGUGUAUGGAUGCAAAGAUCAAUUUUGAUUCUAAUUCAGCCUAUCGCCAAAAGAAAAUCUUUGACCUGCAGGACUGGAGCCAGGAAGAUGAAAGGGACAAAGACGCAGCUAAGGCAGAUCUCAACUACAUUGGCCUUGAUGGAAAUAUAGGCUGUCUAGUAAAUGGUGCUGGUUUGGCUAUGGCCACAAUGGAUAUAAUAAAACUUCAUGGAGGAACUCCAGCCAACUUUCUUGAUGUUGGUGGUGGUGCCACAGUCCAUCAAGUAACAGAAGCAUUUAAACUUAUCACUUCAGAUAAAAAGGUACUGGCUAUUCUAGUAAACAUUUUUGGAGGAAUCAUGCGAUGUGAUGUAAUUGCACAGGGCAUAGUAAUGGCCGUAAAAGAUUUGGAAAUUAGAAUACCUGUUGUGGUACGGUUACAAGGUACACGAGUUGAUGAUGCUAAGGCACUGAUAGCAGACAGUGGACUUAAAAUUCUCGCUUGUGAUGACUUGGAUGAAGCUGCUAGAAUGGUUGUAAAACUCUCUGAAAUAGUGACCUUAGCCAAGCAAGCCCAUGUGGAUGUGAAAUUUCAGUUGCCAAUCUGAUCUGAGAACCCAGUGGAUGGCUGAAGGUGUUAAAUGUGCUAUAAUUGUUAAGAAUAAAUACUGUAUUCUGUGUAAUUGUUCUUUUUGUUUUUAGCGUGUGGAGAUUGUAGUUGCCAUCUAGGCACACAAAUUUUUAAAAGCAUUUGAUCUGCAUUUAAUUCUACUGUUCAGAAUGGACUGUUUGUAUAAAGAACGUAUAUGCAGAUAUCUAGUUUAUUUUGUUGCAGCUGUCUUUUUUCCUUCUCCUACAGAAUAUCACUCGCAAUAUGCCUGUUUAUUAUUGCUGGAUACAAAGUUCCUCAUUGAUAAGAGUCCUAUAGAUAAAAUAAAUAUGAAGAUAAAGCUUUAUUCUUUAGUGUUAAAAAUAUAUUAUAUCUAAUAACUAGCCUCAUUAGUAGAGCAGUGUAUUAAAACAGUGUUUUAUAUAAGAUGUGUUUAUCUCCAGCAUUAAAUGCAUAAUAAUGUAUCAGUCACUAUUUAUAAGCAGAACUUUCAAACACUCCUUUGAAUAUUCUUGUAAGUAUUUCAGUGGAGUAACUUGUUAAUUGUUUGAAUGUUGUUUUAAUCAUAACAGAACAAUGAUAACGGCAAGUCUUAAUGAUUCUGUGGUAUUAAGAAAAAGCUAUAGGUUUGUAUCAAAUAAAGGCAUAUUUACUAAGGACUUGGUAGACAAAAUUAAGAAUGUCAAUUUAAUAAAAAUCUCCCAAUGUGA